AUGCAGGGAUUCAAUAUGGGACGAUAUGUACCUCCAGACGAGGAAGGUGUGAAAUCCGGAAACCAACUUGCUGGCAAGCACGCGCUUGGUGCAAGAGCUCGACACCUGAAAACGACCGGGGCCUUGAUCGUACGUUUUGAAAUGCCAUUCGCUGUGUGGUGCACCACCUGCAAACCUCACGAAAUGAUCAUCGGCCAAGGAGUUCGCUUCAAUGCCGAAAAGAAGAAAAUUGGCAAUUACUUCUCCACACCAAUUUACAGCUUUCGAAUGAAGCACACUGCGUGUGAGGGCUGGAUAGAAAUCCGAACAGACCCCAAGAACACGGCCUAUGUCGUCUUUGAGGGUGGUCGCAAGCGGGAUACGGGAGAUGACAAGGAGCUACAACCUGGGGAGAUUGCAAUCAGACCCUCGGUUCUCGGGCAAGACCCUGCGGAAAAAGAUCCAUUCGCGAAAACGGAGAAGAAGCUUGACGAUAAGAAGCGUGCGCGUUUGGAGUCUUCUCGUAUUGAGGAGCUGCAGGAUCGACAGGAUCGGGAUUGGGAUGAUCCAUACGCCCAGUCGAAGCGAUUACGCCGCACUUUUCGUGAGACAAGGAAGGGACUUGAGCGACUAGAUGAGACUCGAGAGGCUCUGAAGGAUAAAAUGAGUCUUGGAAUUGAUAUUGUUGAUGAGACGGCAGAGGAUAGGCAGCGAGCCCAGAUGAUUGAGUUUGGCAAUGAUGAAGCUCUUGCUGCAUCUCAAUCUCGGGCAAUUCUUUCAAGGCCCAUUUUCGAGCAAGCAAAGCACCGUGAUGAAAAGCCUAGGGUUCACCUAAACAAGGCCGAUCAGAAGCGGGAAGAACAUAAGCAUGCUCUUCAAACUCAAAUACUAGGCUCUAACCAGGCUCGUUUCGUUACCGACGACUAUUGGAAACCACGACCAAAAAAGAAAAAGAUUUCUCAGCUAAAAAGUGCCCCGAGCGACUCGGUAGUGGAUUCAAUCGAGCCGGUGGUGGCACCGCCGACGCUGGUACCCUAUGGUUCGGACAGUGAUUAG